GUUCAGGUUGGCUUUCCUAGUCGGGUGUCCUUAGACUUUAGUUCAAAUGCAGCUCCCAUAUUAACACCCAACUGAACCCAGCUAAAACCCUAGACUUCCGACUGCCGGAACGACAACGACGGUGAUUGCAGGUUCAACACUUGCAUACAGAUGGAAACUCAAUUCUCUCGGUGUCUAAAGGUCGUGGGAGUGGGAUACAAAGCAAGAGCAGAAGCUCAGGGGAGGCUGUUGUUUCUGAAAUUAGGGCACAGCCAUGAGGUACUCGCAAUUCCUCCUGCUGUUCGUGUAUUCUACUUCAAGAACAAUGUGAUGUGCUGCACCGGAAUUGAUAAGAAUAGGGUGCACCAGUUUGAUGCUGCCGUCCGCAGUUGUAAGCCGCCUGAAGUUUACAAAGGCAAAGGCAUUUUGUACAUUGAUGAAGUUAUCAAGAGGAAACAAGGAAACAAGUCCAAGUAG